GGAUGAGCACCGGGGGGGGAUAAAAGGCGGCUGCGGGGCCGGGGAGCGGCGGAGCCGCGGCCAUGAGCGGGCUCUCGGCGCUGCGGGAGGGCUACGAGCGCUUCGACCCCCGCGCGUACCUGGCCAACAACUACGGCCCCCCCCGCGCUGACUUCACCUCCGAGGAGUUCGUGGUGCCCUGGAAGCUGCGGUGCCUCGCCGAGACCUUCGGCACCGGUGAGAUCCAUGGGCGGACGCUGAUCGACGUGGGCUCGGGUCCCACCAUUUACCAACUGCUCAGCGCCUGCGACCACUUCGAGGAGAUCGUGGCCACCGAUUACCUGGCGGUGAACCGGGAGGAGCUGCGGCGCUGGGCGCGGGGGGACCCCGGCACCUUCGACUGGAGCCCCUUCAUCCAGCACGUCUGCAAGAUCGAGGGGCGCGGGGAGCCCUGGCAGGACAAGCAGCGGCGGCUCCGCUCCCGCUUGCGGCGGAUCCUCCCCAUCGACGUUCACCGCCGGGACCCGCUGGGGGCCCCGCUGCAGCCGCGGGCGGACGCGCUCCUCUCCGCCUUCUGCCUGGAGGCCGUGAGCCCGGACCGCGCCGCCUUCACCCGGGCGCUCACGAACGCGGCCUCGCUGCUGCGGCCCGGGGGCCACGCGGUGCUGCUGGGGGCCCUCGGGGAGUCCUUUUACGUGGCGGGGCCGGCGCGGCUCCCGGUGCUGCCGCUGGGAGAGGGCGACGUCCGCAGGGCCCUGAGCGGGGCCGGCUUCGAGCUGCGGCAGCUCCGCUCCUACGCGAUGCCCCCGGCGCUGAGGACCGGGGUGGACGACGUCGAGGGCGUCUUCUUCGCCCAUGCACAGAAGGUGGGGGAAGAAUGAGGGGGCCCCAGUGCCCCCCAGCA